GUCGACAAUCACGAAUGUAUCAAUCACGAGUCUUCUCAUCAUUGUCUCGCACCAGCUGCUCCUCCUUCAGCCUCUCUCCCUCCUCUUCUCACACUCGCGCAAUCUCCCUUUUGCCGACAUUCCCGUCGCUCAGUCAGCAUGUCGCGGGAGAGCAAAGCGGUGCUGAUCGUGCACGGCUCUCACACUAUUCGAGCGGGCUACGGCAUACACUCCGACCUCCUUCGUCGACCUGCCUACGAGCUAUCCUCGCGCGUCGGACUUCCCUCGGACUGGAGAGCGCUCAGAUCUCAGCGUCUGGUAUCGCAGUCGCGAGAACAGGAACCAACAAACCUUGCAGCGCUGGAGACUGAAGUACCCCUAGAGGACGAUUAUGUUGUGGGAGAGGAACUGGAUGGCAGGCUGGGCAAUGGCGAGGAGAUGCGAGUGAUCUGGCCCAUGAAGCAAGGUGUGAUCUACGAUUUUCAAGCUUGCAUUGCGCUCUGGCGCCACCUCUUAUUCCGCAUGAUGCCGCUCAGACCUAGUCUGAACGACUCGCCAAUUCUGCUGGCUCUUCCAGCGCCCAUAUCGCGCUCGACAUACUCUGACAUCACCCGCAUCUUCUUUGAGCUCUUCAAUGCGCCCUCCUUGGCUAUAUUGGAGCAGCCGCUGCUGUCCGCGUAUGCCGUGGGAUCACUGGGCGGCUUGGUGGUGGACGUGGGAUGGGAGAGCAUCAAUGUCGCUCCCGUCAUUGACUGUAUGGUGCUUCCAGGUAACGUUCAGACAUGUAGGAUAGGCAUGAAACACCUGACGCUGUACUUGGCACAUCUUCUGAGGAGGGACAACUCCUUGACGGACGCGCUCAUCCAGCUGGAUGCCAAAUCUGCAGCGGCCGCAUCAAAAGACACUCAGCAAGCAGCAGCUUCGGCUUCCUCGUCCAAAGAUUCUAGCUUGGCUGAAGAGGCUCUGCAGCGCUCAUUUGUCGCCUUGGCCCAGCAAUUGAUCGAAGAAGGCAAAGCCAAGCUUGAAGAGGGGGAUAAUGGCGCUGCAGGCAAAAAAGGUGCGACCGCUGCCGCCGCCGGUGAAGGCGAAGAGGAGGAGGAGUUCGACAUUGCUGCUGCUCUCAUCGCUGGGCGAGAAAAAGCCGCUAUGGAGGAGCAGGAAAAGAGGAACAAAGCUGCUCUAGUUGAAGAGGGCGAGACUGACCAAGCUCCGAAGGAGAAAGAUGCCAGGUCUGUGCAGGCGGAAGAGGAAGAUGCAGGCCAAGCUGGUGCGACGGAGGACCCGGAGGCCGUGACCACCAAAUUUAGGGGCAAGACUUUGAAGAUAGCUCCUCAACCAUUGCGCAACUUCAUUCAAGCUCUAUACGAGCCCUCGUUGCUGGCCAAUGUGAGGGGUAUCAAGUCCGGCACAUUUCAGGCGUCAGGCGACAGACCAUUUGGCGUGGGAGGUCUCGCGGAGGAGAGGAUCAAUGUGGACGCGCUGGAUGCCACCUUGGGUUUGGACCAAGAAUACAUGCUAGGUCUUCGAGGUCUUACAGAGGUCAUUCAUUCGGUCAUAAACUCCAUACCGGAAGAUGAGCGUCGGUCUACGUUGUGGGAAUCGCUCGUCAUUACGGGAGCACCGGUUCAGGGACUGAAAAAGCUGUCCUUGUCAGUCAUUCAAGCCAGCUCGAAAUACGUCGCUUCGGCAGCAGCUUUGGCAGCGGCCUCUGCAGCUGGCGGACCAAACGGAGGACCUUCGGCUUCCUUCAUGCUUGGGGGGGCAGUCGGAGGUGAUGGAGGAACUCCGGGUCUUGCUCCUUCUACCAUGGGCUUGAGCGAUAGCAGAAUGACGGGACAGCCCACCAACGUCAGAGCUCUGCAAGUGCCAGACUAUUUUGCAGAGUUCAAAGGUAGGACGGAUCUGGCUCCCUUUUUGGGCGCUACCAUAUAUGGCAAGCUCGUGUUCAGCGACCCGCACGGCAAAUCGUACGUCACGAAGCAACAGUACAACGAAAAGGGGCCCAGCGUCCAUUUUGCCGUCAUUGCAGCCUCAUGAGGAGCUGGUUCACAAUCUGUAAAGCGCACUACCGAGUCACUGCUGCGAGCCCAAUUCCCAUGCUUUUUCCCUCCCUUGGAGCAACAGUAGCCCCUCUCGUCAUGCCAAGACGAAUCAUGUAAGCGAUUUAGGAAAUUGGCCAUGCCACGUAUUGCGCUUUCGAUGUUCUAUCUGGAAGGACUGCUCUGCUCUGACAGUACCCUCCGGACAGUUCUCUCGAUGAAAGCCGCAAGAGCAUCAGAGGCCGUUCUGCCCGCGGUUUGCGUCUGACUGAGCGCGGCCGCACCAGCAUCCACACCGCUCGUACCAAAGGCCUUGCCGCCUUCUGAAGUAGGCGCAAGGUCUGAUGUGG